AUGUCCGCCAUCCCGCCUCCCAAUGACCCACCCACCAAUCCUGAGAAACAAGCGGAGUCUGCGCCUACUCCCGCAGCCCAGCCGGAAGAGACUCCUAUGGACACGACUCCAGACCAGCCCGCAGAAGAGACCUGGGAUGACAUUCCAGAGGACGUCAUGGCUCUAAGCACAGACGAAGUUCUGACGAGGAUACGCUUAAUUGAGAAUGAUAUGAAGGUGAUGCGUUCAGAAACUGCUCGGCUGCAGCACGAGCAAGGCGUCAUGAAGGAGAAGAUUAGAGACAACGGGGAGAAGGUCAAACAAAACAAAGUGCUUCCUUAUCUUGUUGCAAAUAUCGUGGAGAUUCUCGAUGUUGACCCAGAAGCCGAAGAGGAUGGGGCAAACCAAGACCUUGACUCCAUGCGCAAGGGAAAAUGUGCAGUCAUCAAGACCUCGACACGGCAAACCGUCUUUCUUCCUUUAAUCGGUCUCGUUCCAUCCGAGAACUUAAAGCCUUCAGACCUUGUUGGCGUGAACAAAGACUCAUACCUGGUUCUUGACACUUUGCCCGCUGAAUUUGACUCCCGUGUCAAAGCGAUGGAAGUUGACGAGCGCCCAACGGAGACGUAUACAGACAUUGGAGGACUGGAGAAGCAAAUUGAGGAGCUUGUUGAAGCUAUUGUUCUUCCUAUGGAGCAAGCGGAGAAAUUCAAGACGCUGGGCAUCCGUCCACCCAAGGGCUGCUUGAUGUAUGGACCCCCAGGCACGGGCAAGACACUCUUAGCGCGUGCCUGUGCAGCGCAGACCAAAGCGUGCUACCUGAAGCUUGCUGGUCCUUCCCUGGUCCAAAUGUUCAUCGGUGACGGCGCUAAACUCGUCCGAGACGCGUUCGCUCUUGCUAAAGAGAAAGCGCCUGCCAUUAUCUUCAUCGACGAGUUGGAUGCGAUUGGCACAAAGCGAUUUGAUUCCGAAAAGAGUGGCGACAGAGAGGUACAACGAACAAUGUUGGAACUCCUCAACCAGCUGGACGGGUUCAGUAGUGAUGAGCGAAUCAAAGUUAUCGCUGCCACAAAUCGAAUCGACAUUCUUGACCCCGCCCUCCUUCGAUCUGGACGACUCGACCGGAAAAUUGAAUUCCCAUUGCCCAACGAAACUGCUCGGGCUCGUAUACUUGAGAUUCAUUCCCGGAAAAUGUCAGUAUCCCCUGACGUGAACUACGAAGAAUUGGCGAGGAGUACGGACGAGUUCAAUGGUGCCCAACUCAAGGCUGUCUGUGUAGAAGCUGGCAUGAUUGCAUUGCGAGAGGGCGCUACGAAACUUGGUCAUGAACACUUUUUGAGUGGUGUCGCUGAAGUUCAAAGCAAGAAGAAGAACGAUUUGAUGUAUUAUGCCUUCCAUGAGUGCCAGUCGCUGUCUGUGAUCUCGUCGAAGCGAAUGAACCUGUCGAGUAAAGUCGAAGUCGACACCCAAUCAACCGCGACCAAACUUCUCAAAUGCAGCAACUGUGCAGAAUACUACUACUGUGAUGCGACAUGUCAAGUCCUGCAAUGGCCCGCUCAUAAACGCAUCUGCAAGCGGAUCAGAAAAUAUACGUCCUCGAUCGCAUUCCAGAUGCUGCAAGAACAUGAGAAACUGGACGCAAUGCUACUUUCGCAUACUAUCGCUCAAUUAGACGCGGAUUGGGACUCUACAAACGCGUUGGAGAGCGUGUUGUCGCUGCUUCCUGGGCCGACAGAACCUUCUUUGCUCCCUACCAUCCACCCUUCAGCGCACUUAUCUGCCCCAGACAUAAGGAACAUUCACGCGCGAUUUGGCAACAACAAUUUUGUGUUGCAUUCCCACUUGGUUACGUUUGGACAUGGAGUCUUCCCAUUAGCCAGCUCAUACUUCAAUCAUUCUUGUCUGCCUAAUGCAGCGGCCAAGUAUAUCUUAUGCAAGGGAGAACGGCCCCUCAUGCAGGUCGUCGCUCUCAGAGACAUAAUACGGGCAGAAGAGGUUUGCUUAACUUACCUGGACCCCGCGUUACUACAAUCGCGCCAACAAAUUUUUAACCUCAGCUAUGGAUUUCAAUGCGACUGCGUCUCGUGUAAUUUCUUUGCAGAAGUAGGAAAAAUCCCGGAACCUCCCACCUCCGAGAAUGAACGAGAGGCGCUGUCCAAGAAGUUGCAAGAGUUCCACAGAAGAACUUCGGUGGAUGGCCUUUCCCUCUAUACUAAUGCCCCUACCAUCGAAAAAGACCUACUACCUGUCUUUCAUGAAGUCUUCAUUACCCAUCUUUCGACAAUGUUUCGCAAUUCCUCGCAUGAUGGAGAUUACACCUCUGCGAUCAACUCCGGCAAUGCUUUGCUGGCGCUUUAUCGUCUCAUUUACCCACCAAACUAUCCCCAGAUUGGAUUACAUCUGCUAGAGAUGGCGAAAACUAGCUGGAAUAGUGUUGUCACGCAUCCGAUGGAUACUCCAACAGAAAAGGCUAGAAAGGCUGAGAGUAAGGCUUACCUGGAUGAGGCAAAGAGUGAACACGUCACCCAGAACCGUCAUCAUCGCGUGACCUCGGCGCUCUCAUCCUCCCUCACUAUCCGUCUUGCGUUCACCCAAAUCCCACCUAUCACGCGAUCAUGGCUCUUGUUGUCAAUAUUGACUAGCCUGGCAGUGCAAACGCAGGUGGUGACACCGCUGCAGCUAUACUUCAGCGCCAAGAGCUUCCUUAAUGGGCAGGUCUGGCGGGCGGGGACGACAUUCUUCUACUUUGGGCCAAUCUCGCUAGACUUUGUGUUCCAUCUCUUCUUCUUUAUGCGAUACAGCCGCAUGCUCGAAGAGUCGUCUUUCCCAAACCGCAAAGCAGAUUACUUCUGGCUUCUACUUCUGUCUUCCGUCAUGCUCCUGGCACUUUCACCGCUCUUUAACCUCCCAUUCCUGUCUUCGUCGCUCGCAUUCGUUCCAAUAUAUCUUUGGUCACGCCGACACCCAUCAACGCCCAUUUCUCUCUUCGGCCUUAUAACGAUCACUGCGCCGUACCUCCCAGUAGCGCUCGUUGCAUUCUCUUGGAUCCUCAACGGCACUUGGAAAGCCGCUGCCGGAGACUUGAUGGGUUGUGCCGUCGGCCAUGUCGGCUGGUUCCUACGAGACGUGUGGACUCGGGAGAUGCUCGGCGGCUCCAGCGUUUUCAGCGAUGCCCCCGUCAGAUUAAAAAGGUUGUUUGGAGAUAUAUAG